AAAAAAAAAAAAAAAAAUCGUCGGUGCCAAGCUGUAAAUGGAAACCGUACUGAAAUCAAGACUUGAUUCUCUCCCCGCUGCUCCAUUCCACACAAAUACCCAACCAUCACCCUUUUUACCAUGAACAGUGAACUAUACUGCAUUGCUCUCAUUGGCAAACAAAACAAUCCGCUUUACAUUAAAAACUUUAGCAACACCCAUCCUGACCUUAAAUACCACUAUAUCGCACACACAUCGAUUGACGUGAUAGAGGAACGCGUCACCAAUGGACCCAAGAAUCUCGACCUCUAUCUAGGCUUACUCUAUGCCAUGGAAGAUCUCGCUGUGUAAGUUUGUGACUUGAACAAGUGGACUCAGUAUAAGUUCUAGGCAUUAAAAAAGCAGUGGAUAGCUACGGUUACAUGACCAAUACGCGUGUAAAACUAGUCGUGGUGGUCUCUGUCACGGAUGGCAUUAUUCGCGAUGCAGAUAUGAAAUCGGUAAAAAGAGAGAAUUUUAGGAUCAAGGAGGAUGAAAAAAAAAGAAAGAAAGAGGCGUGUUACUGACGAAUUCAUAUACGGGAUAGAUUUUCAAAAAGAUUCAUUCGG